CUCAGGCUCACCUGGCAGUGAUGCAGUGCCAGUUGAAACACUUCUGUUGUGCUGCCCAGGAGACCCACUCCAAUACUGUCCAGCACCAUCCUCUUACUGCGGGAGAGGACCACGGAGGACAAGUGCUGAGGCUUCACUUCGCUGAUGAACUUUCCAAAACUGGCCGUGACUGUGUCCUCAGGAGCCGGGUGCUUCAAGACUGGAUAGGUAGAGGGAGUUAGAAGUAAUAAGAAGAGGGGUUUAAUACAAAAUUGGCUGAGCCCUGUUGUGUCGACCGUACCUUCCACUGCGGACUUGUGCAGUCCUCGGAUAGUCCACAUUGGUCUGGCAGCUUUCUGCAGAGAAGCAUAUACAGUACUUGGUAAGGUGUGCCUUGAAUGUAAAAUAUUCUCCCCUUUAAAAGCACUUUUUGAAAUUGAGGGUUUGGAAAGAGUUCCCAUGCUUACAAGAACGGGUAAGUUUAAAUCCGUGUCACACAUCUAAUCAAAGCAUUUUUGUGUACCUGUAGAACGGAUCUCAUGGCUUCUAUCCGGUCUUCACGUCUUGACGCUGUUGCUCUGUCGUCAACAGAUUAAGAAGGAUGCUGAUGCUGCUGAAGUGGAGCGAGGACCGGCUUUAUAUAGUCAUGAUGGAACAAAGACUAAAAGAAGGUGGAACAAGGAAGGGCUUGUUUUUUUUUUACCACACAUUGUCAGGUUAAAGGAAGGAGUUUCCAAAGUAAGUGCGUCAUUUUUACCUUACUCUCAAUCGAUGUCACAAUUUCUGGAAUUUGUGGGGAAGAGUAGGUGAGACUCCAUUGUGUCACAUCACUCACAUGUCGUCACAAAGUAAAGAUGUCGGGAAUUCAUGUUAACCCCUCCUACUUUUUAAGAUUGUGUAUUUAUCCAUACCUGGGAGCACAUCAACAUUUCAUGUGAGCAUCUUCAUCAGUUCAAGUAAUUUCAGAGCGCAGAAGCCAUGGCCUCAAUAGACGGUUUUCCAGCCAGUUUCUACAGCGAACCAGGAGUUUUGGGAAUGUUAUCCAAUGGAAUUAGUGCCUUCCUCGUACUCCUGCAGAACUUUGGUACGGCGCACACUGGCGUAGCGCCGCAGGGCGUGGAGAACAUCCUUGCAGGCGUCCAUCUUAUCCUGAUCGGUGGUCUCUGCCAGCUGGUGGCAGGCCUGCUCUCCUUCAGAAAAUAUGAUCAUCUCAGUGCCACGGCGUUUGUCGGCUACGCUGCUCUUUGGGGAAGUUUCGGUGCCACCCGAAUCUACUUUGGCGCAUUGUCCAUGAACUCCACGAUGCCACAGACAAUGACAGCCAACAUGACCUUGUCCAAUGACACCACGGAAAUCCCAGUCUGCUACUUAUGUCGGUCCCUAAGGGAGUCUGCUAUUGCUGGCCUCGUUCCCUAUAUCCUCUUAUCGUCCGUCCUUGCCUUUUGCUCAGCCACAGUCAACUACAUCAUGCCUUUUGUUUUUGGCGCAAUAACAGCCACUUUAAUUUUUGAAGCAGUAGGUCUAGUGUCAGGUUCAUGGUCCCUUGUGGUAUCCGGGGUUCUUGAAUUGCUAAUCCUGAUGUUCGCCAUCUACGGUUCCGCGGCCCUGCUCGUUAAAGGUCUGACUCAACGUCUCGCUCUCAAAGGCUUUGGUACUCCACUCUUUAAUGUCCUUCUGCUUGGUACUCCCAGUUCAGCUAAGAACCAGAGCCCUGGUGCAGAGAAGAAGAAGAACACAAAGUAUGCCGAACCCAUGGCCCUGGGUUACUUAUGUGACACAGUUGCACCGUUCAUCUUUGCAUUUUACAGCUUUGGGUUCAUGACAUCUUUCGGUUUGGGAGUUGCUUGGGUGUCGAUCAACUCUGCCGCCCAGCUUUUCUCGAGCUACUACUCCCAUCUACGCCAAGAUGGCUACCACACAACUAAGUUUGGGUUUCAUGCAACGUAUUGGCUCAUCAAGGCUUGGGAGGAGUUUUUAGCAUCUGUUCUGAUUGUAGAGGACGCCAACGUCACCUCGGGGAGAAACCCGAUGGUAGGAGACUGGUUCUUUGUGGUGGCAGCCCUGGUACUUUGCGUUGGAAGCCUGAGCAUGGAUGUCCUGGAACUGGUCCACAAUAUACUGUUCCUCUUGCUCACUAUUUCCACAAUCCCCCAGAUCCCUCUUACAGACUACUACAUAUUCUUUGGGGUCGCUUGUUCCAUCUUCACUGCAGCCUCCUUGUACGGGACCUUCUCACGGCUCAUCAACACCAUUGCAGAGAAGUUGCUCAUCCCUGUUGGACCACAACCCGUCUCCACAGCCCAGCUGAAGAGAGUUUUCAACUGGAGUAGGUCCACAGAAACAAAAGAAGAGUUGACUAUCCAAACAGACCAGGCUUCAGAUGCCCUGUUUUACCUGGUAAACGGGGUUGCAGCUCUGUCCGCUCUUCAUGCAAGCGUAAACAGCACCAAUCCUUCAUUCCUCCAUCUGACAAUCCCUGGGGUCCUCAUCUCUGGCGCAAUCAUCCAAGCCUACGUCAGUCGACUUAAAGUCACAGGAGCGAGCCAGUUCGGCUCCGUCAUCUCGUCCCUCUACGUAGCAGUGUGGGCAACAUGGACCUGGUUUAGAUUUGCAGGUCAACUACUUCAGCUUUCCAAUGAAGUUGCUUACGAUUUUACCGCAGGAGCGAUCGCUUUCCUGGUCAUCAACGGUUUCGUCAUUUUUAGUGCUACGUACAGGAACUUGGUCUUAGUGUUCUUAACAGCAACCAUGGAGAUGAUACUUGUUUGUUUACUACUUUCAACUCUUCAGCAGCUACCUUACCAGCUAGAAAUGGCCAUGCUUGCAAUUUUUUCCAUUAUAUGUUUGUACGGCGCUAUGGCAUCAUUGCUUAACGGCAUCUUCGCCCAGAGAUUACUACCUUUGGGCCCUGCGUUGUUCAAGGAGCAAAUAAAGCAGGACCGCCAACAAGAGCUACCUUGCCCAUUGGCAAACUCCAAACUCACCUCUGGGCUUUUCAAAAUCGCCGCCAUUCUGGAAAAGGGCGGAGUAUGCGGUAUUCCCACGGACACGGUGUACGCUUUGGCCGCAUCUUGCAAGAAUCCGCAGGCUAUUGAGAACAUUUAUAACAUUAAGGACAGACCAGCAGAGAAGCCCAUUUGUAUUUGCAUCUCCAGUGUGAAGCAGCUGGCAGAAGCCAAACCUCCCUUCAGCCCUCUGCUUUGGGAGUUCAUGCGGAAUGUGUAUCCUGGAGGUAUCAGCUGCAUCGUCAGCAAAGGGGAUUGGCUCCUCAGAUUAGGGGUGGGACCGGCUUUCGACCGCGUGGGCACAAGGGACAGCAUCAUGAUCCGAGUCCCUGACCACACCGUGACCUGCCACUUGUGCGAUAUCACCGGACCGCUCGCCAUCACCUCAGCCAACCCAAGUGGAGAGGCAGACAGCACCCACCACAACAUGGUCAUUGACCGACUGGGCCACAAGAUCCAAGGGGUGCUGUGUGACGGGGAGACCAAUGAAGUCGUGGCGUCAACUGUGGUCAACUGCCUCAGUAUUGAUGAAGGCACCAUCACGAUUGUCAGGGAAGGAUGCGUCCCUGCGGUUCAAGUCAGAGAGAUUUUCGACAGAGUGAAAGGCACAACGGCCUAAAUCUUAGCUACCAGUUCAUGUAUUAAAAAUAAUUAUGCUAUUUAUGUGUCUGUGUCAGGGCUAAACCAUGAAGGAGUACUGAAGAAGUACAUAUCUGAAGGAAAACAAGUACCAUGAACCUAUACUGUAUAUACCUUUAUAUACAUAUAUACAUACAUAUAUACCUAUACUGUAUAUACCUUUAUAUACAUAUAUACAUACUUAUAUACCUAUACUGUAUAUACCUUUAUAUACAUAUAUACAUACAUAUAUACCUGCACUGGCUUCCUGUGCACUUAAGAUGUGACUUUAAGGUUUUACUACUUACGUAUAAAAUACUACACGGUCUAGCUCCAUCCUUUCUUGCCGAUUGUAUUGUACCAUAUGUCCCGGCAAGAAAUCUGCGUUCAAAGGACUCCGGCUUAUUAGUGAUUCCCAAAGCCCAAAAAAAGUCUGCGGGCUAUAGAGCGUUUUCCGUUCGGGCUCCAGUACUCUGGAACGCCCUCACGGUAACAGUUCGAGAUGCCACCUCAGUAGAAGCAUUUAAGUCUCACCUUAAAACUCAUUUGUAUACUCUAGCCUUUAAAUAGACUCCCUUUUUAGACCAGUUGAUCUGCCGUUUCUUUUCUUUUUCUCCUAUGUCCCACUCUCCCUUGUGGAGGGGGUCCGGUCCGAUCCGGUGGCCAUGUACUGCUUGCCUGUGUAUCGGCUGGGGACAAUUCUGCGCUGCUGACCCGCCUCCGCUUGGGAUGGUUUCCUGCUGGCUCCGCUGUGAACGGGACUCUCGCUGCUGUGUUGGAUCCGCUUUGGACUGGACUCUCGCGACUGUGUUGGAUCCAUUAUGGAUUGAACUUUCACAGUAUCAUGUUAGACCCGCUCGACAUCCAUUGCUUUCCUCCUCUCCAAGGUUCUCAUAGUCAUCAUUGUCACCGACGUCCCACUGGGUGUGAGUUUUCCUUGCCCUUAUGUGAGCCUACCGAGGAUGUCGUAGUGGUUUGUGCAGCCCUUUGAGACACUAGUGAUUUAGGGCUAUAUAAGUGAACAUUGAAUGAAUGAAUGAACUGUGGAUUGUUCAGAAAAUGUUACAAUGAAUCUCGGGAAAGAGGGCAAAUAUUUGUAUUUAUGGCAAUUACACGCUUCAUUGGGGCUAUCAUUGUGACCGUCACAAAUUGUAAGUUUGAUGUAAAUAGUUUGUUUUUAUUUAACAAUUAAAGUCCUACACGUCUGAAAACA